UAUCUGGGGCAUUAAGCUUAUGACUCAUUUCAAUGGACACAAUCCACCGUCCUCAUUAAGGUUUCAUCUCGGGUUUUAUCUAGGAAGUCUAACUUACGACAGGGGUUCAGUCGCCUCAACCACCCUAGGUCCCUAUGUAUACAUAUAUCACAAUUUGCUUUAUAGUGCAUACCCGUCUAACCUUAGAACUCUUACCCAGCAUAGAAACAUAAAGUAGGCUAAUAGAGAAGAUUAGGGCACCCUACCACAAAUAUAAUCUAUGAUAGAGUAGCAAUAGAAUCAACUACAUAAACACAUUUAUUCAUAACCCAUUCAUACACAAUCUAUAAACUAGGGUUCAUUUUCCCUAAACAACCAUUAGAGAUUCAAGUCAUUAGAGAGAAAAUGCAAACUAGAAGAGGGGAAUGAUGGAAUCAAGCUUCUUCUCCUUGCCCCUUGGGUUGAUUGGAUCUUCAAUGAAGCUCUCCCAAGGUGUUUCCCUCUCUAAAACACUCCAAAACCCUAACUUUCUAACUCUAAGGAGGCUCUCCUUUGAAAGAUGAAGCAAAGAGAGUAUUUAUAGGAAACUGGUGUCGGUCACAGCCUCGAGGGUGUGACGCGAUGGUCACGGCCAUGACCUGGCCGUAACCAGCUGGAACGUCCCCUUAUCUCCCGAAAUGACGUGUUUUGACUCUGUCUUUAACAUCCAAGAUCGCGGCCUCCUUCAUAACUUCUUGGCCACGAUCUUUGUUUCCCGGGCGCGAUCUUUGUGUGGUGAAAAUACGCCAUGCCUGCGACUCAACUAGGGAAACUUUCUGCCUUCUUUUUGGUCGCCUUUUGUAGUUCACGACUGUGAUCUUCAGGUCGCGAACUUGGUCACGGCUUAGUGAUCACGGCCGUGACAUGUGGCUGUGACUAGUGUCUUUUCUUCCCUUCUAGCUCCUAUGCUUCCCGAUCAUGCUCGAUGAACUCCAAUCGAUUCCUGAUCAAUCCCAAAUGAAUAUAAGAUCUGGAAUUUCAUCAGAAACACUUGAGAAAGCAUAAAAUACCAAAAUGCAUGUUUUGCAAAUAGGAACAAAUAUGGGCAUAAAUAAUUUGAUAUGUGGCCUAGACACGGUGAAUUAGCAUGCAAAUACCCUGAGAAGAGGGACUAAAUAACGCCUAUUUUAGGUGUUAUCAUAGACACGUCAAGAAGAGAGCCAAAAGUUUUUCCAGACUAAUCACAGACCCCGUUACCCGAAGCCACGAGAAAGAUCACGACUGCGAGACAAAGUUGGCGGCCGCAUCUCACGAUCACUUACCUAGGGCGCAAUCUCCUGUCUUUCCCAGACUAGGCGACGAUUUUGAAAGAUCGCGUUAUCGACCUUCCACUUCACAAACGCGUUCUUCUACCUCACAAUCGCGAACUUGUCUGAGAUUUGAAAAGCCUAUAAAUAGAGGAGUGUUGAAGCGAAAAGGGAGAUCCAACUUUGAGAGAGAAAAUUAGAGUUUUGGGCAGUCUUUAGAGAGAGAAAAAUCUGGGAGGGAUUAAGGAAAGAUACAAUCCACCCAAGGAGCAAAGAGAAGUUGCAAACAAGGAGAAGAAGAAGUUUUCCAGCAUUCCACCUCUUCUCAGUUUGUGUUUUAUUCUUCUCUCUAUGACUUAACUUAAACCCCUAAGAUCAUUUAGGAAAGAUGAACCCUAGUUGAUAGAUUGUUUAUGGGUCAUGUGUACGAUCAUUAUGAACCUAUAAUCUAUGUCUAUUUGAUGUUUGUGCAUGAAUUUCUUGCUUUAUUGUGAUUGAUUUAUUCUUUACCUAGGUGAGUUUCCUUCCCCUAGGUCAAGUCAUGCAUACCAAUUAGUGUUGGAUUGUGUGUAUCUCAUUGGUUUAAGUUGCAACCUAGAUAAUAGGGAAUUAUCAUUAUUUUGCAUAUGGAUUUAUGGUGUAUUUGAGUUUAACUAGAACACUUAAUGCUUUUAAUUAGGGUUGGAUGUGUGCGAAUACUUAUUACCUUGAUUAGUUGAUCUAGAUGGAUAGCUAGCAGACGAGGUGACCAUCCACUAAUAGUUAGAGUCUCACCUAAUUGAUGGUCGUAGGUUAGGGGCAUGACAAUCGACCAACCUGACGGUGUGCAAACUGAUAGAAUCCGUUUAGAGGAGUUAGAUUUUAUCUUUAGUGUCGUGCACCUGAUCGAGAUAUCCCGCCCCCCUCCUAGUUGUGUCCAGCGGCCCAAUGUCACCACAACCGGCUUGCAUAACUAAGGGUAACAUUCUACCUCCUCUAAGUGUGGGUCUCUACGAGCCAUAAUCGAUGGUCUAUAGCAUCAAUCAUCUAACAAUCAAGCAUUCAUACUAGUCGAUGCAUGAAUGAUUAACUACUCCACCCAUACAUUCCUAGAAUCAAUGGGGGUAUCACUAGAUGGUAAUUUCUGACAACCUGGAUAAAACUAAACACAAUGCUUGUAGUAGCAUAAAAUAGAAUCAUAAGCAUUGAUUAACUAAAGCUACUAAUUAUUAUAGCAUCGAAUGACUCAAGAAAUAGAUGCUCCAAGCAUAGAUUGACAUCAAACAUCGAUGAUAGGAAUAAUAAACACAAUAGGCUUAUCGUUAAGUCAUAGAAAUAGUAAACAAAACAUCAUCAAAUUAUAUCCUUAAACAAAUCGAAUCAGCUAUGCAUAUAGAAGUAGAUCAACAUCACCAGUGAUAUAGGCAUUGAAGAUGAAAGCUUCCUAGUUGGGCUCCGACAGGGUUUCGCCUCCUCUCUAUGGAUUUUUAACUCGUGCCCCUACGACAGAGUGUUGGUAAAAGGUGUUGUGUAAAAGCUCUAGCCUAACCUCCUAUUUAUACUAGUUACAUAAGGAGUUUUCCGAUGCGAUAUCGACUAGCACGAUAUUUAAUUCUCGUGGUCCAAAAAUGAAGAAACGAAUUCAUCGUUAUAAGGAUCAAUCGGGAGAAUUCUUAAUGGACUAAAUGCGGGCCACAAUGGGGUAGUUGCUGCUCGUUACUACCACUAUUGGAUGGUUCAUUAUUGGUUUGAUUAAGAAAUGGACGUGUGGCAUGAGAAAGAAGCAUUGUGACGUGAACACUUGGUGGUGGGUUAAAUUGAGAAGCGAGCAGGUCACCUAAUUGCCCAUGCAGAACUUUCAGUUGCAUGGAUUGAAGUUGGAGAAUUGUUGUGUGGUGGAUGUAACGUGUAGAAGGGAAUGGUGUGUCCUUUUGCGGAAAGGAGAAAUGACGCAACAAUGGAACGAAAUUUCAAUUCCGCCGUGGAGACGGAAAGCUGGCAGCAGCAAUACUAUUUGGAAUUUGUUUAACUAGUUUAUUUAUGUGUUCGAUAAUUAUUAUGUUUCCUAGUUAGUAGGGGUGGCUAUACGGUUCGUUCCGGUUAAAUUGGACCAAAUUGAUCCGGUCUUAAUCCGGUCUUUUUGGGAGUAUAAGGACCAAAGAUUGGAUUGGAUACAGUCCGGUCUUGACCCGGUCCGGUCCCAAAUUUAUCUUGAUUUUAGGUGUUGGGGGUCUCUUAUCUGGUCUUUAUCCGGUUUUUUACCUCAAAUCUAAGCUCGAAUAUGAGAUUGCAUUGUUUGCUAUCCGGUCCCAGUCCGGUCCCGAUCCGGGUUAUACGGUCUGGUUUCGGGUAAAACCAAACAGUCUGGGACCAAAUAGCCAGCCCUACUAGUUAGUUUAGAAUUUGUUUUCCUAUUCCUAAAAAGUUAGAUUUAUAUUUUUGUAACUUUUAUAAAUAGAGGGUGUAAGCUACUAAUUUGGUACCCAAUAUUGAAGUUAUCAAUAAUAGAGUGUUUGCUCGUAUUCUUCUGUGAACGUUUACUAAAUUCUAUUUUGAGGAUUCGGUAGGUUUGAGUGUCUCUUAUCAACUAGAGAACGCGUCUAGUUGGGGCGAGCUUCUACCAAAUAGAGAUUGGUCUUAUUCAUGAGUUGGUGAUUGUUUGAUUGGUUUCAUAUACAAAUUGACCCUUCACACGAGUUAGAAUCUGUUUGAUCGUAUUCCAUAUCUAUCCUUUGUUUCGAGUUGAAGAAGAAGAAAUCAAGAAAAUCAUAAAAAGAUCAUUGAAGCUGUGUACUUUGGUCAUAUCAUCUAACUUCGAGGGUUCUCUUCGAAUUUGGAUCACAUCAAGUGGUAUCAAGAGCCCGGUUGAAACUCAGCGGCAAUUUGAAGAUUCCUAGUUCAAACUCAGAAGCAAUUUUGAAGAUCUCUGAUUCAAAAUUAGUGGCAAGGAGGAGAUCUUAUCAAGUGAUGACGGAAGAGCUAGAACAAGGUAAAAUAUUCUAUACUCAUUGUUGGGUUCAAGAGAAAUUGUCGAUCAACUGUCUAGAAUCACAAAAGGAGAAAGAGCAAGAGGCUGCCAGUGCAAGAUCUGUUGAUGUUGACAAAAGUGAUGUUUCUUUAAACUCAAUCCAUGGUGAGGAAGUUCAAGUAGAAGAUGAAGUUGAAAAAGAGGUUCUUGUUGAUGGACUUACUAUAGUCACUUGUGAAGAGGAUUCACGAGCUUUGAUUUCAUCUCAAGAAGAACCAGAACUUGAAGUAGAAGAGGCAAACGAGGUGAAAUAAGAUAUUAUUGUUGAUGUUGAAUAUUUGAGUGCGCAAGAAGUUGAUCAAUUCAAUGAGGAACCAGAAUUCAAAGGAGAGAUGAAUGCUUGGAAAUUAUGGAGCAUUUACCAAUAGUUCCCGAGUAUGCUCAUAUUGAUUUGGUGAUUGGUGAUGCAAUUUCUGAAGAGGGAGCCUGCAUGGAGAAUCGACAAGAAAUUUAGCACUACGUAUUUGGUACCCAAUAUUCAAGUUAUCAAUAAUAGAGUGUUUACUCGUGUUCUUCUGAAUGUUUUCUUAAAUUCUCCUUUGAGGAUUCAGGAGGUUUGAGUGUCUCUUAUCAACUAGAGAAGCGUCUAGUUGUGGCGAGCUUCUACCAAAUAGCGAUUGGUAUUAUUCACGAAUUGGUGAUUGUUUGAUUGGUAUCAUAUACCAAUUGACCGUUCACACAAGUUGGAAUAUGUUUGAUCGUGUUCCAUAUCUAUCCUUUAUUUACGACUUGAACUCAGUUUCUUUCAACAGGUGGGCAAAGUGCUUCUAGAAGCUAGGGCACGAGCGAUGGUGGGUCGCGGCUGAUCUUCCACUUGGGUUAGGUUGCUUUUUGGCCAAGUAAUUCCUCAUCCAAUUUGUAGAGCAUCGACUAGUAGGAAAAUCUCUCAUAGGUCUUGGUCAAAAUCGGGCAUGUUGCACUAUCAAAUCUGCUUAUUUUGGCCAUAACGUGAGCAUUCGAUGUGAACAACCAUAUCUGUUUGAGCUCAUAAGAUUGUAUUCUUGUCCUCUUUCUGAUCCACUGGGUACCUUGGGGGGCCAUAUUAGUCUUGACUCUUGAGUGGUUUAUUAUCUUGAAAAGCACAAAACAACACCAUAAAUGCAUCAAACAGCACAAAAACACACUCAGGUCUAUCAUAAGCUCAUUAUCGAAAUAGUUAUGAAUUCCAUUUGAAAAAUAGUUAAAACCACUAAAGAUGCAUUCAUAGAAGGAGAACAUGUGUCAAGAAUGAGAUGGAUAAACACUAAAAUAGAGUGUCAUCAGCGGGCAAAUGGAAAUCAAUGCAAAGGAAGAAAACAUGAAAGAAUCCUCUUUCUUGUGUAGAGAAAUUCUUCUUCAAACUCCACCUUAUCUUCUUCUUCUCCUCUUCCUCCACAACAAAUCUAUUUCUCUCUAACUCCCUCUAGGGUUUAGCAAAAUCCAAUGUUUGUUCAAAGGAGGAAAGCAUCCCUCUAUUUAUAGAGGAUCAUCUACAUGGAGAAGUUCGUGGCUAAAUAACGAGAUAUCGCUACGAUCUUAUUUUUAAGGUCAUGAAAUCAAAACAAUGACGUGUUUGACUACUCAGGUGGUGAUAUCACGGGCCAGACUUCACUUUCGCGAACGAGAAUUCACCGUCGUAAUAUUUUUUCGUGGUAAUCGUUGUGAAGGACCACUAGGUAAUAUUUUUCUGUGUUCUUUGUCUGUAGCCUCUCAAAGAUCGCUGCUCAAGCGAUCAAAGAUCGUGGUCAUGAACAUCAUGCGUCAGCCGUGAACUUGCACAAUGGUCGUGAUCCUCUAUUUUGACUCUUUUUGCACACUUCUCAUAAACUAGUCCAUCUUUAAGUUCUUCCAACAUUUAUCAUGGAUCCAAUAAUUUUGUUCCACCUUCUCCUUAUCUUCCCUCCAUUGGGGACAAUGUCAUGCUUAAAUGUGGGUUUUGAAUUGUGAACUCAUGUGAUGAAUGAUUGGAUUGAUAUUAUGAAUGCUUGGAUCCUAGUUUGUUGCCCAAAUUUGUAAAUUUGAGGGCCCCAAACACAUUUAACUUCUUUUGCAUUAUCAUAGUGUGAACUUUUGAACGUGUGUUUUGAAUUAUGUAGCUCAUUGAUGUCAAUGCAUGAGUAGUAUGAUUGAGAUCGAUAACAAGUUAUGAUGGUGGUUGAGAACUGCAGUAAGAUUGUGUUUAGUGUCACUCUCCAUUUGAUCGCAAAACUGCACGAAAAUUUGUUUGGUCAAUCACCAUCCUCGAUUGUUUAGGCAAACGAGAGUAAGAAAUCGCCAUGAGAGUUUGAGCAUCUAGGUAUCCAUGUGAAAUUUGUGUAUGUUCGUUCUUUCAUGUGCGAUAGUUUCUUUUUACAUGAUGACUUAGCUUAACCUUUGCAUGAGGCUGAAUCGUGAGACCACUAAUUAGGAAGAUGGAGGUGUCGGUUUAUCCCACAACCAUAUUGAUUACUCAUAUAAUAUAAUAUCCCUUAAUGAACCCCCACUGAACCUUAACAUGUUCUUUGUUAAUACCACCUUGUUUAAAGCCAAUCCCUGUUAUUUCAAGCCUACAUUUGUUUGAACCCUUUUUUAAGUAUCCAUGUGAUUAGUCCAAUGGCUAAGUUGCUCCUACUAUUAGAAAGUUUCCUCCAGUAUUCUUGUGCUCAAAAUGUACAAAAUAUAAAAGGUAGAGAAAAUUGUGUUGUAUAUGGCUUUGGUUUGGAAUAUGUGAAACCUUAAGUAGAGUAGUCAAUUUUUUCACCACCAUAAAGACCGUGUUCCCUUGUCUUAGACCCUAUCCAAGUUAAAACUUAAAAGCCCUUUCAAAAAUGUACCCCGUACAAGUUAGUGGUGACCCAUUCAUGGAGUUUAAGUCGUAUUACAAAGUGUUUAGGGGCUAGUUUCAUGCCAGAGAGAUUAUAGGAUUGAGAGAUUUGAUAUGCACAUAUUUUACAUAAACUAUGAUCCUGACCCCACUGGUCAAGUGUUUUGUGAUUCAUUUCAUAUGUUCUUAAUCUCAGUGAGGACCUAGUUUGCCCGACUUCUUAUUUGUGUGACUUAAUCAGAGUGUUCGUAUAACUGGGGCUACCCGUUGACUAAUCAUAAUUGCAUUAGGUUUUAUAAGUUUGAUAAGGAGUUUUCACUAUCAUAAACUUAUUGUGUUUGAGUGUCAUUUGUGGUGGUUUCUAGUAUCACUCUCGUGUUACUUCAUGUACUACUAUUGAUGAUCAGUUGUGACUUUGUGGAACACUAAGGUGUUGAACUAGAUGCAAUAAAUCUCUUUCCUUUAUCCUUCGGGGAAAAGCAAAUGAAUGGCGAAAUCUUUAAACCCUCUGGCACAUUUUGUACAUGGGAUAGUUCGACACAAGCAUUCAUCCAAGAAGUCUUCCCUCCAUGAACAACUGAUGACUUAAAGGAUCAGAUUUCAUGUUUCUUGCAUCACAAUUUUGAGAGCCUUUAUGAAUCUUGACAACGAUUCCAAGAGCUUCUCGGAGCAUUUUCUCACCAUGGAUUUGGGCAAGAACAACUCAUUGAUUUCUUCGGUAAAGGACUCAACAUAAACACUAUUUUUCUAGCGAAUUAGUUUUUCAGAAGGCAACAUUAUUAGAUUAGCUGCAGAGAAAGCUCUAGAAGACUUUGCAUCCAUGAAUGCAAAAUCUGAAAAACCGAUCUAGAAGGAUUGCUCCUAUGACUUUCAAAGCAUUUCAAGCAUCAAAUGAUCCCUUCAUCUUUAUGCUAUUACAAAUGGAGGAAUUUUCACAUAUACCCCGUGAAGCAGAAUGAAGAAAAACCACCAACAACAUUGAUUUUUGUAUGUGAGUGAUCUGGCAAAGAAGAACAUGUGGGAUGAAAUUUGCAAGCAGAGGUGACAGUUAGAACGCUGAUGUUUACUAUGUUGGACGAAUAUAUCCUCAAAAUGUGACUACAAUCAAUAUGGCUACAAAGAAAACUAACAAAACAACUAUUGUAUUGCUUACAAUACCUCUAAUAAUCAACUUAGCAACCAUUAUAAAAGUUGGUCUCAAUUACUAGGUGGACCAUGGCCACUUCCUGGAGGCCAGAAACCUACUGACUAUCCAAAGAUGACGUCCACCAAUGCUCCAUAUUUCCAUGAUAUGUAUUAGGACGAAAAGCCUUCACACAAUUCCGAGUGGAUGAAGAAGCCAAAUCAAACACCAUCAGGAUUUGGUCCGAAGACUCUGUACAAGGAAUCGGGACUGAGUUGUGCUCUCCCCCAAGCUAUAUAUAUCCCUAUUGCUAACAAGAUGGAAACCUAAUUCCAUGGUCAACAAGCAAUUCUGGAACAGAUGAUGGAGCAUCAAAUAGCCUCCUCGGUCUCCGCGGUCAAGGCCUGACACCAAGGACUCUUUCAAACAAUAAAAAAAACAAUAUAAAGUUGAAAGAGAUAAAUGUUCUUAGCACUUACAACCUCACACCACGUCAAACUAUCAAUUGUAGUCGUCCCGAAUCAUUUUAUGACGAAAUUUUGCUCGAGAAUGGCCAAACAUUGGUUAAGAACCAGAAUCAGGAGGCCAAAAAUGAAGAAUCUCACCUGCGAAGAGUUUGGUGGCCAAUGAUAAAAUAAAACUCACUAUUUUGCAGUGUUAUUAAAGUCGAGCCGAGCCGCUCGGCCCGACCAGUAAAACUUCCACCCGGUCAAAAAAUUGACUCGGAAAAGUCUAAAAGCUGCUCUAGUUUUAUGUAGUGGUUGACGAGCGGCCGAGGCGGUUAACCGCUGGAGCCGAUCGAGCCGCUCAUCCGAUUUUUGCCAUUCAUCCGUUAAAUUUAGUUAAAAAAUUGCAGAAAUUUAAAAAUUGAAAUAAACCAAAAACGUCCGGCUCUCAAAUUGAAUCCUUAUUUCCAUUUCACAAUUUCGAAGGAAAGAGACGAGCUAUGAUUAAGAAAUGUCCCCUAUUUGUACUGAUAACGUUUAUUAGGUUAUCGGUUCUCUAACGGUUUUUAAAAGGUCUAAUAUCGAUUGGACCACUAAAGUGCGAGCCGUUCGCAUUACUGGGUCAUGCUCCGAUUCGGUUCUAACAACAUUGCUAUUUUGUGUCUGAGGCGCUCAAAACCAUCAUCCCAUAUGAACCGCAGAACUCAAUCACAUAUUGAUUCAAGAGUCUUUUGGAGUGCCCAGGAAGAAUAUGAAGUCGUUCCAGUAAAAAAAAAAAUUACAAAGUCGUCUGAACAUAAAAAUUCUGGAAAAUGGAAAUUUCCAUGUGCUUCAUCGAUGCUCAAUGCAUUUUCUUUCUUAAAUUGAAUUUCAAAACUAUUUUGUAAGAUGGAAAGAAAGAGUUGCGUAAAAGUGAUGGCAACAAAACCCGAAUCCAUAGAUAACCUAUUCGACUCAACCUGGUCAACGCGGGUAAAACUCGUGUUGAUGGAUUUUGGGUCGGGUUUGGAUUUAAAUCCGUUCACUAUUCAUCGGGUUAGAUUGGGUUUGGGUUUAGGGAUAUCUGCCCCAUGGAUACCCAUCCACACUCAUAUAAUUAAUUUUCUGGUAUAUUUAAUAUUCUAAGCAACUAAUCUUCUUUAUGUUUGUGGAGACAUGUCUAAUUAUUUCUUUGUAAUUGUGUAGAAUGAAGUUGAUAUUAUCGA